AUGCUCAAGCUGUUACACUCAGAAGUGGGCGACAGUUUCCAAGCAGGUAGCCCACCCCAAAUCGCUGUGGACAUCGAUGACGAGGAAGGGGAGGAUUUGGUCGAGUAUGACGAUAUUCCGGCACCGAACUCGAUCGAGCUGGAACAAAACCCUGAACCAGAACUCGAUCGAGCUGAAGAAACCGAGACUCAGAAAGACAAACCAGAGCUCGAUCGAGCCGAGAAGAGAACAGACAAAGCAAGCUCCAGCCAACCAGCUAAACCUGUUGCAAAGAAGAAAGACACUCCACCAGGACCACCACCAUACAAACCCCCUCUGCCUUUCCAGGAAGGUUCAAGAAACAACUGUUGGAAGCACACAAGGCCAAGUUUGAUGAACUAA